AGGUGCUUAAGCAAAUGCUUAAGACAAUCUUAAGAAUAAGCAAUGACUCUGAAUACCGGCCAUUAUGCACGGGCAUGUACAGGAUUGCGGUCACGUGCAUCGCUAUCUGAUGUCAUUAGCGCAUGUCUUCUAGUUUUGAUUUAUACAUAUUCCGAUCAGCUUUGUCUCGUUUACCCGCCAAAACUCAGAAUGAUUAUACGCAUAAAAAGGGUUGGUGAGCUGGAAGAAUGGGUAAUUAUUGAACUACAGGGCGAUUUAAAAUUUACCUCCGGAGAUAAUACAAAUAAAUAUAUUGGAGAUUUACAUUUCACAAAAUCUGGUGCUCCUGUAUUUAUAGUCGGCGCACAUUUAUUGCAUGGAAAGGAAGCUCUGCUUCCAAAACCAUUUGCAGUAUUAAUAAAAAAGAGCAAUAAGGACAGUAGUAUGGAAAAUAAUUCUGAGACAAAUACAGAAUAUGUUGUUAAGGCAAUUGUAAAAAAGAAACUCAUAUUUAAAUCGAGACCUAAAUAUAUUACAAACAGUUCAAAAUGAAAUUUUGAAGGUCAAAGAAACAAGUAUUUAACGUUAAACCUAUAAAAUGCUGAUAAGUUAUUAUGAUUUGUACUACUUAGAGAAUAA